AGUACGCCCUCUACGUUGCUUUGACGUUUCAUACAGGAGAUCCAGAAAUAGCUACAGAGGAGAUUUGGUUAACAUCAUUACAUGAAAUCUUGAAAGGAGAUGUAUACUUUCACCAGAACAAUCAGCUGUGCUAUGUACAGACCAUAGCCUGGGAUGACAUGCAACCUGGUUUGGUAGCCAACUUCUCAGUAUGGGAUGAACAUCCACAACGAAACUGCUUAGUACACCAAUGUCAUGAAUCAUGCAACGGUCGAUGCUGGGGUCCAGGGGAGGACCAUUGUCAGAUAUUAACGCUAAAAGAUUGCAGCUCAACAUGCGACUACCGUUGUCGAGGUCCUACUCAGGCGGACUGCUGCCACAGAAGUUGCGCUGGGGGUUGCACCAAUUCUUCUAAUGCUGGAUGUCUGGCUUGUCGGCAAUUCUCACUGGAUAACACCUGUGUGGAAAGCUGUCCUCGGCGAUACGAGUAUGAUAGAAAUACAUUCACCAAUGUGGAGAACCCAAACUUCCGCUAUUCCUAUGGUUCCAGAUGCCUCAAAGACUGUCCAAAUAACGUCUUGAUAGAUGGAGAUAACUGUGUGAAGGUUUGUGGGCCAGGAAAGAAGGAACAAAACAACCAAUGCAUUCCAUGUGAUGGCAUCUGCCCAAGCACUUGUGAAGGGAUAAGUGGCAUAGGAGACGAUACAUCACUAUCCUCUGUUCAUAUCAAGAGUAAACAGUUUGAUAAUUGCACCAAGAUCAACGGGAAUCUAAUCAUCACUUCACAUACCUUCACUGGUGAUGGUUUCGUGGGUACCACCCCUGUUGAACCUAGUUCCUUGGAGAUCUUUAAGACGGUGAAACAGAUAACUGGUUACCUGUCAGUCCAAGGACUUCAUCAUGCUUUCACCAACCUCUCUAUCUUCAGUAACCUAGAGAGGAUAGAUGGUCGUAACUUGUACGGGGUCGGCGGUGCCAAGACGGAUGCUGUAUACAUCACAUCAACCAACUUGGAUUUCUUUGGUACGACGAGUCUAAAGGAGGUAUCCAACGGUGACAUCACAGUCACAAGCAAUUCAAAGCUCUGCUACUUGCAGAGGCCAAUGUUUAAGUCUAUCAGAAAGUCAAACCGUCAGACUAUAACCGUUACUGGUAGUCGCAGUGAGGAGGAAUGUAUUGCUGAAGAUAAAGUCUGCCAUGAGCAGUGUGCUGAUAUUGGUUGUUGGGGACCUGGACCUCAGCAGUGCGCCCAAUGUCAGAAUGCUAUCAUUGGUGACACUUGUAUCGAGGCCUGUGACUUGGAAAAUGGUCAAUAUGUUGAGAUGGAGGCUACUGAUAAUGCUCCUGCAGUGUGUGAACAUUGUGAUGCAGAAUGUUCAGCUGGUUGCUCAGGCCCUGAACCAGACCAAUGUGACUGCCGGGCAGACUCAUCGGGUCACAACUGCAGAAGAAGGUGUCGUCAUGUCCAGGAUGGUCCCUACUGUAGGGCAGAGUGUCCAGAACUCAAGUUUGCCAAUUCUCAGAACAACUGUACCGACUGCCAUUCAAACUGCCUCAGAGGGUGUGAUGGUCCAGAGAAUAAUCUUGGUGAUAAAGGUUGUUGGGAAUGUCCUCAAGUUAUGCUUGACUUCAACAGAAAUGUGAUCGAGUGUAUGCUUAUUAAUACUCCCUGUGGUGAUGAUUACUUCUAUGAUCGCAUCUCCCAUUCAGAAAAAUCAGAUCCUCUUGCUGGGUCAGUGAUAUGUCAGCAAUGUGACCCUAUGUGUAUUGGAUGUGAUGGGGCAGGACCUCGACGAUGCAAGCAGUGUAAACUAUUCCAACAAGAUGAUGAAUGCGUAGAUGAGUGUCGGACUGGCUUCUAUCCGGAUGUGGAUGAUGUUUGUCAGCCCUGUCAUUCACAGUGCAGAAAUUGCUUCAAUGGUACAGAAUAUGAUUGUCUUCAGUGUGAAUCAUAUACAAUUAAGACUAGUUUCCACACUUUCUUUUGUGCACCCUCCUGUACACCGGAAUACCCCAACGAACUCAGUCCAUACGUCUGCGGCAAGGACUGCCCCUCUAUGCAAUUCCCCAAUGCUAAGUCAAAGUGUGAAGCCUGCCACAGUGAAUGCAAAGGUGGUUGCCAGAAUGGCACACGGAGUGGAUGCUUUGAAUGCAGGAAUGUUGUGGUGAAUAAAGAAUGUCGGUCAGAGUGUCCUGCUGCUUAUGAGAACGUCAAUGGAACAUGUCUCUACCUUCACGGGCCAGACCAGACUGCAAAGCCAAAACCAGGUGGAGGUUUGUCCAUCGGAGUUCUUGCCGUCAUCGUGAUUAGUGCCCUCAUCAUCUUCCUCAUUAUCGUCAUGUUUAUCAUCUGGUUCAAACGACGUAUCAAGAAUGAUAUGUACAUAGACAUCCCUCCUAACAUAGACUUAAAUGAUAUGAAGAGCAGUGAUUACACUGGAGCACCUUUGACACCCAGCAAUGUGGAACCUAACCAGGCUCAACUGAAGAUCAUCAAGGACACUGAGCUGAAGCUAGGUCCAGUCCUUGGAUCUGGAGCCUUUGGUACGGUAUACAAGGGUCUAUGGAUCCCAGAGGGUGAGAAGAUCAGGAUUCCUGUAGCUAUCAAAGCUCUAAGGGAAGUCUCACCACAUGCUGCUGAGGAAUUACUUGAGGAAGCAAAGGUUAUGGCAUCUGUGGACCAUCCUUGUCUGCUACGUCUUCUGUGUGUCUGUAUUGCACAAAACAUGACAUUGAUCACCCAGCUUAUGCCAUUAGGAGCUAUCUUGGACUAUGUUCGUCAACACAAGGAACAGAUAGGAUCUCACCAUCUCCUUAAUUGGAGCUUUCAGAUUGCUAAGGGAAUGGUAUACCUUGAAGAAAAACAUCUUAUUCAUCGUGACUUGGCUGCUAGGAAUGUCCUUGUUCAGAGCCCAGCACAGGUGAAGAUCACAGAUUUUGGUCUGGCCAAGUUCUUGGAGGUUGAUUCCAAUGAAUACAAAGCACAGGGAGGCAAGAUGCCCAUCAAAUGGUUGGCCUUAGAGUGUAUUCAGUUCAGGAGAUUCUCACACAAAAGUGAUGUAUGGAGUUUUGGUGUAACGCUAUGGGAGCUGAUGACCUUUGGAGGAAAACCCUAUGAGGGGGUCAAGGCCCGAGAGGUUCCUGAACUCUUAGAAAGGGGUGAGAGGUUACCCCAGCCUCCAAUCUGUACCAUUGACAUAUACAUGCUGAUGGUCAAAUGUUGGUUGAUUGAUGAAGACAGUAGACCUACAUUCAAACAGCUGCAAGAAGAACUAGAGAGAAUGACCAAAGAUCCUCAGAGGUACCUUGUCAUCCAGAAUGAUGGUGCAUUAUCCCUACCAAGCCCCACUCCUUCAGAUUUCUACAAGACCCUGAUGCAGGACACCGAGUCAGGAGCUGAUCCCAACUUACUCAUGGAUGCUGAGGAUUACCUACAACCAAUGAGCCUUACUGCACAUAAUCUCACCUAUGAGAGUCAGCAAGGUUUCUUCCCACCAAAUGGUGCUGCACCUAUGUCUCCUUCAGGCAAACCAUCUGGUCCAGUGAGAAAGGAUAGCAGUCUUCAUCGCUAUUGUCAAGAUCCAACAGUUAAGGGAAAUUUUGACAGGCAAAACAGUAAUAUGAGUGGCACUGAUCCAAGUUUGAAUGAUGACUACCUGAUACCAAAUGAUAAGCUAGAUAACUUGAUGGAAGAAGAGCACGAGUACCAGAACGACCCACGAAGACCAACAGACCUUGGUGACAACUACCUCCCUCUGAACGAUGGAACAGGUUCUCAACCGAUGGUACAGUCAGCUGGUAUGAUGGAUAAUCUAGAAUAUCAUGCAUUGAUGGAUCAAGCAUCACAGGGAGCCAAAUCACCCAAGACACCUACUAUACAUACUGGUGAUCCAUGGACACCUAUGCAACAACAACACCCUCAUCUGAUGGCAAGACAACAUAGCACGCCCUCACAGCCAAGAACACCACCAGGGUACGGCCCCAUGUCACCCAACGUAAGCUCAAGUACCCCUCUUCUUGGUGAUGUGUCCUUUGAGGGGCCUGUACCAAUCGGUGCUCCUGUCAUGAAUGGACAAAAUGGGAAUCACAAAGGCCUUUACCGCUCACCCCCACCCUCCGUUAGUUCUGGAAGCCUUGGUAGGAAUUCAACAAGGGGGAGUGAGAAUGACUAUGUCAACUCUGAUGUGGUGACGGAUCGUGGCGAGUCUACUGUCUGAUAAAUGGACAGAUGUACUUUUAAAAAGGCCAUGGCUUCCUUGCAUAAAACUAUUUUACGUUGUGGCCAAGCAUGCACUCUUUCCCAGAUGUCGACUGAUCCAUCACAAGCAGAAGAAUGGAUAUACAAAUUUAGAGAAAAGACUUAUACUUCAAAUAUUUUUUAUGUAAUGAUUUUUAAAUCAUAUUCAAAUUAUACCGUUUUCAUGAGCAACUUUAUAAAGUAUUUAGUAUAUGUAUGUUUGUGACAAUAGUGUGAACAAGAAAUUAACUCAAGUUUGGUUCAAGAAUGAAGCUGACCUAUCACAAACCAAAUCAUAUUUAUUCUCUUAAUUUCCUUGUAAAAGGAGAAUGGAUCAUAUAUUUUAAUUGUGUCCAAAUAAUUGAUUGUUUAGGAUGGAAUCAAAAAGUGAAGUUAAUGUUCUCUUUUCUAUCUCCAAAGAUUCUUUGGAAGUUCAUGUAUUACCAAUUUUUCAGCUCACCAAUCUUUGAUCAUUUAUUUGAUAAAGUGAUGAAUAAGGAGAAAUAUAUGUAAAGUAUUGAAUGUGUCAUCUCAACUAUGUUUGAAGAAUUAUCCAGUACUCUUUAAAAAAUGUUUUUAUGUGUCCUUAACAUGUUGUAUGUAGAAAAACUUUAUUUCACCCUAAUUGUAACCAUAAGGUAUUACUAAAAAAAUUGUGAAGUACUUAUGUACUAAUGCACAUGUUUUAGCAUGUUGAAAUGUACUUAAUUUUAGUAAUGCUGUCUUUUAUUUUUUUCAAAGUUAUUUUUAAAUCCAAUAGCUGAUUUCCCAACAUUGACCAUAGUUGUCACUGAGUGAUACCAAUUAUCCAUUAUGAAAACCUACUUAUGUUUUGGGGAUGUAAUUGUUUGGCAUUGUCAGUCUUGCACAGAACAUGUCCUGCUUUGCCCAUUUUUCAUUCAAAUGGACAAUGAAACAAGCUAAGACUUUUGGAUUUAUGAUAUGUUGUGAAGAACAAUGCCAAAUGCGAGUGGAAAACAACAUUUAUAUGUACUGUAUGCACAAUAUGUCAUCAAAUAACUAUGUUAAGUUUUAUAAAUGAACGAAAAAUGUAAAAAAGUGAUUAAGAAUAUAUAAAUAUUUGUAUGACAAAUAAAUGUCAAAAAAUUUUCUAUAGUAUCAGCACUUCUUAAUUGUUGAAAUAUUCAGAUGCAUCUAUUAAAUCUAUUUUUGAUCUAUUUAUAAAACAAAUAAUCAUAUGUGUUUCUCUGUACAGUACAUUAACUUAAGAGUUCAGGUGCUUCAUUCAGUAUAUGUAUGUCUCACUGAUGAUUUCUUCCAACUAUUGAUAUCACGUUCAACUCAUUUUUUUCUUCUUUCAACUAAUUUACUAAAAUAUUUUACACCAUAUUUUCAGAAAAAUCUGAGAUGCAGUGCAACAGUCUUUAUUUGAGUAAUAUUGUAGAAUUUUGCAUAAUCUGUAUGUAUUGUUGAGUUAUUUUUGUGUCAGAAAGUACUAUGUAAAUGAUUUAGUGUUGUAUCUUAUCACUGCCAGUGUAAGAACAGUCCUACUGUUAGUUCUACAGUAGAACUAAUUAUGUAUUUAUGCAUUGUGGUAUGUGUUGUGUUCCCUUUCUUAAAAGAUUUGAAGAUAUUUUAUUGAGAUUGCAGCUGCCCUGUUCAUCAAUCACUGGUGAUUCUGAAAAAGUUGUCAGUUUUUAGUAACAACCUACUAUUGAGAAGGAAAAGUAGCAUGAAGAGGAAGUAACAUAUAGGGGGAAUUUCCUAAAACUAAAAGAACAAAAAGAAUAAUGUCUAUGGGUGCAUCAGAUAAAUCAGAAUUUAGCAUUGAUGGUGUUUUUAAAAUUGUACAUUUGAGGUUUGGAUUUUUACUGCUUGAAAUGUGUUUGUAAUAUGAAUUGGGUCUCUGCAAUAUGCCCCAUGCCAUGUACAUGUAUGAAGGAGAUACUGCAAGAUAGGAGAUACUGGAGAUACUGUGUAUUUUACAAUAUCAUAUUUUAUAGCAUAUUCCAAAUAAUAUGAGGAAAAUGAUUGAUCCCGAGUUAAGUUUCAUUUGAACGUUCUAGAUGUACUUCCCAGCAUUGCCUCCAUUUUAACUCUGAUAUUGUCUUAACAAGUUAACAUACAAGUCUCUCUUUUUUUUAUUAAUUCAACAUAAAAACAUUCAUUUAUGUUUGCAUCUUGUGCUCGUUGGAACAAAGUGGUUACCAGUAAUUUUUCUCAGAGAAGAUUGUCAUAUGUUGUUUACUGGUGUUUAGGUACAAAUUACCAAUCCUUACCUAAUUGACCAUACAUCUACUUAUAUAAUGUCUUUCUAAAAUACAAAAAAAAAUAAAACAAUUAUAUGAUAUUCAAUUUCACAUAUCUGAAAUUUGAGAUUGAUCAAAAUUCAAUUUUUUUUGCCUCAAAUUCCAAAUUCUUGGUGUUUUCCAGUUUUAUAGUUACUAUAAUUCUUGAGCUAUUUUAAUGUAAUUCCAUGGCUUUUCUGCAUCCUCAACUGUUUCUUCAAUGAUGAAAGGCAACAAUUAACAAUCAAAGACUACUUGCAGGAUUUCCACAUGAUAGAUGCUGCUCUGGCUUAUGAUAAGGUUCCUAAACCUAGUUAAGACAAAAUUUUCAAAGAAUGGUUAUGAAGGAAUUACUUGUUUCUACAAAUGUUGUACGUUUCCUAGCUUUUCAUGUUAUUUUUAAUUGCUUGUUAGAGAUUGUUGAUUUGGGCCAAAUGUAUGCAUUAUAUUGCAUGCUUGUAUUCUCCACAACAGUUGUACUCACAGAACAUGUCAUAUGCAAAUUUAAAGCAUUUGUUGAUUUGUUAGUUCCUGUAUUGUGUUUAUCAUUUGUCCCUCAUUUAUGCCAUAAUUCUUAUGCAAACUUGUUCUUAGUUCUACCAUCUGUUUGCAAAGAGGUAGCAGGUUUCCUAACAUCUCUUGUCUGUUACUUUAAAGUCUUGUAUUUUUGUAUUUUAAAGGACAGACCAUAUUAAUGAGAAAAUGUCUCCCCCUUUCUGUAAGAAAAACCUCCCAGGAACAAGAAAGAUGAGAACGGUCAGAUUACAGUGUAUUAAAUGGUGACUCAUUUUUAAAACAUGAGUUGCAUUUUUUUUAAAGAUUUUUUAAAUGGAUUUCCUUUGUUAUUGAAUGAACUGUUAUAAGACUUUUUAUUGCUCUUUGGAAAGGCUGGUGCAAUCUACUGUAAAUUAUUUUUAUACAUGUUUUUGGUUAUUCUAGUCAGAGUAGGUCUGUAGCAUUAUUAGCUUCUGAUAUUUAAUGUAUGCAAGUCGAUUUCAAGAUAUUCUUUCAUGCCAGCCUAAUAGGAAAAGACUAUAAACCCAAGAAAAAAAUAUAAACCUAAAAGAUGGUCUUGAUUGGGGAUUGGUCGUUCAUGAUUUUUAUAUUUCAUCACUCAGAGUUUUCUUUCAUCUUACAACAUGAUCAAAUAGAAAUGGUGGUGGGAUAUCAAACUUACAUGCUUUCUUAUGCAAUAUUUUAUGUUAUGUAUUAUGUAGCAUAUACCGUAGAUGCUAAAGUAAAGUUAUGGAAUGCCUUAGAUGUGGCCGAAAGCAAGACAAAGAAACAGUUCUUCUUUCUUCUUCCAGAGUAAGGGCUGCUUCAAGGUGAUGAAUGCAAUGGUUGUGUGUGUACAUGUGGAACUUUUCACAUACUGUUAUUUCGUAAGCUCUUGUUCUUGUCCUGCAGGUGCGAAUAUAUAGAUGUGUAAGUAAAACAUUCAUGUUUUUGUUGUUUACUUCUGCAUCCCACUCAAGAAGACCUUGAAGACAUCAACAGUGGGAUAAAGAACUGGAUCUUGUUGGAGGUUGGUCUAGUCCUUACAGGUUCUUGGGAAGAAGGAAGAAGCCUGACUGCUGCUAUGGGGUAUCCUAAAUCGAGAUAUGUGUCCCCUAGUUGAGGGAUUUUGUUGAUGAUAAGGAUGAUGAUAAUGGUAAUGAUGAUGAUGGUAAUGAUGAUGACGAUAAUGAUGAUGAUGACGAUGAUGCUGAUGAUGAUGAUGCUGAUGAUGAUGACGCUGAUGAUGAUGAUGAUAGUGAUGAUGAUGAUGAAGAUGUUGAUGGUAAUGGUAAUGAGUAUGAUAAUUAUCUUUAUAUGUUGUACAUUUCUUUUGACUCUGAAUAUAUUGGGUAUAGUUUGUGUUCACUUUGCUUUUACAUUAUUUCAAGCUGGUGUUACUGGGUUUAUUCAAAGUUAGCCAUUGUUUCUGAAAAAAAUAACUGUUGAAUGUCUGUAGAAAAUACUUUAUAUAAGGCAUAUCAGCAAAGAGGAUUAUCCUUUGUUCAUGGGGGGACAUCCAUAAUUGCACCCCCCCCCCCUCACAAAAAAUAUCUUUUUGUGAGGGGGUGGGGAUGGAUGCAAAAAUAGAUAUCCUUUGCAUUGAUGCCAAUGCUCAAGAUUAUCAGUAAAGACAGAAUUAUAAAACUUGUGAUCAUUAUUUGGUAGAAGAAAGUUACAGUUGUCCAGAUAGUGGUAAUAUUCCAUUGAUGUAGGAUUUGAAUAAAACAUGUUAGUAUUAUAUUGUGACAUUAUUUUUUUGCAAACAACAUUCGUCUUUUGGGGAGAGGAAUCAAAUGAAGCUGUUUUUGUGGAUCUUUAUUCAUAUACAUGAACAAUAUGUCAUUAUUGAGGUGUUGUAUUUAAGAAAGAAAGUUAUCACUUUAUGCUAUGAGAAUGUGUGUACAAUUAUUACUGUUUAACAACCUAGUACAUCAUUGGGACUAUUAAAAAUUAAAGUUCCUUUAUUCAUUUGCAGAAAA